AUGGCUCGAUGGUGGUAUACUGCUGGUAGCGCCUUGCUGCUGGCCCUCGGUGCGGCAGCCGACUGGCCUUACCUUUCCUAUAAGUCUAUCGACCUCCAGCCGCCACAGUUGCAGAUCAACCAGACCGGACCUGUCACCCCGGGCUAUCUCUUCCUUGGACCUCGUGGAGCUGUUCAGUCUGCCGGCCAGGCUGCCCUCAUCUACGACAAUUCCGGGAAUCUGAUCUACGACGGUCCUGAGGAGGUUACUGCCAACUUCAUGGUGCAGAAGCUGUUCGGCAAGGAUGUCAUCACUUUCUGGGCCGGUGACAUGUUGGACGUUGGCUACGGCUACGGUACGGUCCACAUUCUCGAUGAUACCUACAAUGAGAUCUAUACCGUCACCUUGACUGGCGCAUUCGUCACGCCGGACAAUUCCACCAAGGACUCCUAUAUUGACCUGCACGAGAGCCAUAUCACUCCCAACAACACCAUGCUGGUCACCGCAUACAACCUCACCCAGCAUGAUCUGACCUCUGUCAACGGUACGACCUCGGACUGGAUGCUCGACAGCCACUUCUACGAAAUUGAUAUUCCCACCAACAGGAUCAUCAAUUCGUGGAGUGCCCUCGAUCAUCAGGAUGCCAUCCCUCUGAACAGCAGCCACCAGGCACUUGCCUCCGAUGCCGGCACUCAGGAAAACCCCUGGGAUGCCUACCACAUCAACGCCAUCACCACUACCCACCACGGCUACCUCGUGUCCCUGCGCCACAUGUGGUCCGGCUUCUACUUGCACCACAACGGCACGGUGAUGUGGCAGAUAGACGGCGAGAACGGCGGCGACUUUAAGCAGAUCGGCAACACCAACUUUUCAUGGCAGCACGAUAUCCGUGUCCACAACGAGACCGACCACGGCAUGGUCCUCAGUCUGUUCAACAACCACAACACCCAGACCGACUCCGAGGGCCAGACCUCCGGCCUCUUCCUGGGCAUUGACCUGCAAAACCACACCGUGACGGGUUUGCGCUCGCUGAUCGACCCCGAGGACACCAUCCAUUCCGUCAGCCAGGGCAGUACCCAGCUCCUGAGCUACACGAACCAGCAUGCGUUCAUGGACUACGGCUCCAUCUCCAAGGUCAAGGAAUUCAGCCCCAACGGCAGCGUGGUCUUCAGCGCUGCUUUCGGUGAGGACAACGCCGUUGCCUCGUACCGUGGCUACCGCUGCCAGUGGAAGGCCACUCCCUUCUGGAAGCCCUCGCUGGCCAUCACACGCACCUCGAAUAACAGUGCCGAUAUCUACAUGAGCUGGAACGGCGCUACCGAAUACGAUAAUUGGGCUAUCCUGGCUGCUACCUCCAACACCUCGGUCAACAACACCGAGAUCUCGGCCAAUAAUGUCCGCACGGGCUUUGAGACUGCUGUCUCCCUGGGUGACCUGCCUACUAGCUAUAUCCAGGUUGUGGCCCGCAAGGGCAACGCCACUCUGGGUACCUCGGACAUUGUCUCGUUCUAG